UAAUUACGACCGGACGCCGCCGAAUCGAGGCGAAAACUCGAAAGUGAAAAGUUAAAAAAAAACCGCCAUAGACACGAACAACGGCACGCCGCCGCCGCGGUGCGCAGGUUCGCGUUGAGGUCAUACCCUUGGUAGUCGUUGUAGUUACACUCGUACCGUCGUCGUUUGCUCCACUCUCGGCGAACCAGUCGGCCGGCGGGUCGACCUUGACGGCGGCAGAACAUACUGCCGAUAUUCCGGGCGGCGGGACCUUGAUCCGUUUCGCUGGUCGUUUUUAUCGCGGUUAUCGGCAUCGCGCCGACCGGGCCCCGUCCGCGCCAUUCACCCAGUGACCGUGUUGCCGUCUACACGUACGCCGAACGCGAACACCAUGAGUGGCAAAUCAGACUUCGGACUCAUCGGCUUGGCCGUCAUGGGCCAAAAUCUCAUACUCAACAUGAACGAUCACGGGUUUGUGGUCACAGCCUACAACAGGACCGUCGAGAAGGUGGACGAGUUCCUGCAAAAGGGUGCCAAAGGCACGAACAUCGUUGGCGCACACUCGCUCAAGGAAUUGGUCGACUCGUUGAAAAAGCCUCGUAGAGUCAUGAUGCUCGUCAAAGCUGGUAGUGCCGUUGAUGAUUUUAUUGCUCAACUUGAACCUUUGUUGGAAGCUGGUGACAUCAUUAUCGAUGGUGGAAACUCUGAAUACCAGGAUACACAACGCCGAACUAAAGCACUCGCCAAAAAAUGCUUGUUGUUUGUUGGUUCAGGCGUAUCUGGUGGUGAAGAGGGAGCACGAUAUGGUCCAUCAUUGAUGCCUGGAGGAAAUCCAAAAGCUUGGCCAUAUAUUAAGGAUAUUUUCCAAAGUAUUGCUGCUAAAGCUGAUGGUGAACCUUGUUGUGAUUGGGUUGGCGAGGAUGGUGCUGGCCAUUUUGUGAAAAUGGUUCACAACGGUAUUGAAUAUGGAGACAUGCAACUUAUCUGUGAAGCAUAUCAUUUGAUGAAAUCUGCUUUAAAAAUGAACAACAAAGAGAUGGGAUUGGCCUUUGAAGAAUGGAAUAAGGGGGAAUUGGACUCAUUUUUAAUAGAAAUCACAAGAAACAUAUUGCAGUUCAAAGACGACGAUGGAGAAUAUUUAGUUGAGAAAAUCCGUGAUGCAGCUGGCCAAAAGGGUACUGGUAAAUGGACCGCUAUUUCUGCAUUGGAUUAUGGCGUUCCUGUCACACUUAUUGGAGAAUCUGUGUUUGCACGUUGUCUGUCUUCAUUAAUUGAUGAGAGAGCAGAAGCUAGUAAAGUCCUUCAAGGACCAACAGAAGUAUUUAACGGAGAUAAACAAGCCUUCUUAAAAGACAUUGGAAAGGCACUGUACGCAUCUAAAAUUGUUUCCUAUGCUCAAGGAUUUAUGUUGAUGCGAGAAGCUGCAAAAAUACACGGCUGGAACUUAAAUUAUGGAGGAAUUGCACUCAUGUGGCGUGGAGGAUGUAUUAUUAGAAGUGCAUUCUUGGGAAAGAUCAAACAAGCUUUCGAACUUGAUCCAAAUCUUAAGAAUUUGUUGCUUGAUCCAUUCUUUAAAGAUGCCGUACACAAUAGUCAAGUAGCUUGGCGCAAGGUGGUUGCUUCUAGUGCCAUGCUAGGAAUUCCCACUCCAGCAUUCAGCACGGCUCUUGCCUUUUAUGACAGUUAUAGAAGUGCUAGACUUCCAGCCAAUUUAUUACAGGCUCAACGUGACUAUUUUGGUGCUCAUACAUACGAGCUAUUAACGGCUCCUGGAAAAUAUAUUCACACAAACUGGACUGGUACUGGUGGUGAUGUUUCGGCUAGCACAUACAAAGCUUAAGUGUGUAACAAGCACUAAUUGGCUGUAAAUUAUUGAAUUUUUGGGACCAAACAUACAAAAUGGGUUUAUAUAUUCUCACAGAUUGCUUGUUAAUACCGAUUAUUUUUUUGUAUUUAAAUAAAAUGUCAUUUCAUCUACUUAAAAUUUAUUAUUUUUAAACUUAAAAAAAUAUUUAUUCGCUUCUGUAUUGUAAGACAAGAUUGUUGUUACUCCCUUUUUAAACUUUUAUAUUUAUAUAGUGUACUGUUAUUGUUAAAAAUGUAUUGUUUUGUCAAAAACCCUUUUUGUUAAUAAGAGUAUAAUAUAUUUUUUAUUAAAAGUGGUGAAUUUCA